AUGUCUCUCUCGCGAUCGCCAUCACCGAAUCCCGGCACAGGCUGGCCGAGUCCAGGUCUGCCUACACCUACAUUCGGCGACAUGAGCGGACGCUCGAGCCCCAUGAUUGGCGGCGCAAACAACGUCACUUGGAGCUCAGCGCAAGCCAAGAGCGCAGAGGUGAGAGGGUUCAAGCCGCGCGGGAACAUCUUCAGCAGGCACAUGUCGAGAUGGUCACAAAGCUUGCCGCUUUGGAUCCAUCCGUCGGGCGUGACCUCUGCGGAGAAGGAAAAGUUUAGUCGCGCGACGUUUUCGCCCAGGCGCAAUGGCGGAGUGAAGGGCGUGCUUUCGUGGUUGUUUGGAAGAGGGCGCGGACUGAAGCUGCGCCUUUUGUUGGUUCUUCUUGCUCUUUUUUUCUACAUGGUUUUCCACAUAACUCCCCUGCAGCGAUGGUACAACCACACAUCUUACCUCGGCGGUGGAAGCAAGUUUGUCAUAUUGCUGGGUGCGAACGUGGGUGGUGGCGUCAUGGAAUGGAAAGGCGCGCGCGAAUGGGCCAUUGAACGCGACAGCGUCAAGAACAAGAGGCUGUAUGCCGAGAAGUGGGGAUACGAGCUGGAGAUCGUGGAUAUGAGCACGAAGAAGCGAUAUGCGCACGAAUGGCGUGAGAGCUGGGAAAAGGUCGACACCGUCCGGAACGCCAUGCACAAGUAUCCCGAUGCCGAAUGGUUCUGGUGGCUUGAUCUCAACACCUUUAUCAUGGAGCCGAACUAUUCGUUGCAGAACCACAUCUUUAACGAACUCGGCGCGAACACGUACCGCGAUAUCAAUUACUACAACCCACUGAACAUCACCCAUCCGAUCGACGAUCCUUGGCUUGAUCCGCUCUCGCGCUCGGUUAAUGGUGAUGGUGAUCCCGCCUCGAUCAACGUUAUCAUACCUCAAGACUGCGGUGGCUUCAACUUGGGCUCGUUCUUCGUCCGGCGCAGUACGUGGACCGACCGCCUGCUGGACCUGUGGUGGGACCCGGUGCAUUACGAACAACGACACAUGGACUGGGAGCACAAGGAGCAGGAUGCGUUCGAGUACAUGUAUGCGAAUCAACCAUGGGUGCGGCCGCACGUGGCGUUCAUCAGCCAGCGCAAGAUCAACUCGUUCCCGCCCGGCGCGUGCAAUGAUAACGGCUUUGACCCCAAGAUUCACUACGACGAACAGGAGCGCGACUUUGUGGUCAACAUGGCCGGGUGCGAGUGGGGUCGCGACUGCUGGGGCGAAAUGUACAACUAUCGCGAGCUCAGCAACCGCUUGAACCGUGGGCCAUUGCAAAGGCUCCGUGCCUGGUGGAACGACGAAGAUGCUAAGCUAGCGGAGGCCGAGCGUCAGGAGCAAGAGGGCGGUGAGCAGCUGUCCCAGGAAGAGGAAGGAGAAGAGCAGCAGCAGUAA